AUGCCUGUCAAACGGAAAGCCGGGCUGCAAGCCGGCGGAGAAGCCAAGCUGGCGAAGACUGACGAUCUCAAGUCGCAGUUGCUUGACUUGCUCAAGGAAGUGGAGCUGCUUGAGGACGAAGAAACCAAGACGCGGUGGGCGGACCCUUUCCUCCGCCUCGUACCCAAAAAACAGUUUCCCGAUUACUACGAGAUCAUUGAUGAACCGAUAUCACUUUCCGAGAUCACCAAAAAGGUCAAAAGCAACGCUUACGCGUCUAAAGACGAGUUUGUCGACGACUUCGAGCUUAUGCUUCUGAACGCGCAACAAUACAAUGAACCGGAGCUGUGGAUCAUCACCGGGGCAGAAAAGUUGGUCGAAUUCGUGAAGAACCCUCCCAGUCCCAAGCUCAAACUUAAAUUGAACACCAAACGCACCGAGGAAGAAGAUAUCACGUUCGGUCUGUUGCCAAAGGUGUGUAUCGCCCUCAUGGAAGAGGUGCGCGAUCACAGCUUUGGCGAGGACGGCAUACUUAGUGGUCCGUUCUUGGACGAUGUUGAUCUUGAAAUCUACCCAGACUAUACUCAGUUCGUUUCCCAUCCCACUUCGUUCCGCACCGUCAUCAGCAAACUUGAGGCUCGCAAAUUCUUUAGCCCUAAACACUCCUUGCUCGACAACUUGGCGCGUUUCGCUAAAGAAGCUCGUUCCAUUUUCACCAAUGCUCAGCUUUAUAAUGAUCCGGAGCUGACCAUCUACCAAGACGCCGAACAGUUGUUGGAGUAUUUCAACGGACAGUAUGAUGUCAUCAAGGACCGGUUGGAAAAGCAACUGCAGGCAAGACAACGCGCCAGAAUCCAACGGGAACAGGACCAAAUUGCCGCCCUGCAAGCUCCCGCUCACACAAUUGAGGAGGCCGUGAAAGCUGAAGAAGCCAAACCGGUCGUGGACGUGGUUACCGAUAAACUGUUGGCGAAUAACAUGGGCAAAACCGCUGCUAACCUUCCGGCGGACCAAUGUGUUAUCCAGGGAUUCUUGUUCGGUACUGCUGCCGCCACUGCCGCCAAUGUUGCCAAUACGAAGCCGCAUUUCGGUCAGCUGAACCCUGCUCGACACCUUUUCCCCUCUCACCGGUUUGGUGUGACGCAACUGUUGUUUGACUACAAAUUCAAACCUACCGGUUACGCCGUGCAGCUGUACGUGAUUAAUCUACCCCCAGGGGCCAAACCUCUGGUUCAAGUACAAGCGCUGCUUCAUCAGUACUUGUACAGUCUCAAACGGAGAGACUUGGAUGCUGGCAAUGGGUACCAGAACCUGACUAGCGAUGAGGAUUUCCAAUGUACUCUUAAGGUGAAUGAAGACGAAAUCCUUAACACCAAUGCUGAGAAGGUUCACAACAAUUUACUUGCUUUGAACUACGGAUUCAAGUUGGCUCACGGGUUGAAUGUAAUUGAAUUUGAGAUCAAAACUGCCCCUCCUGUUGUCAAAAAGAUUAAGGAUCUGAGUGAGCAGGAAGAAGACGAAAGCGGCGGCCGCCACACUCGUCACCAAUUCCAGCAGAUGAAAAUGCUGUGGGAUGUUGAAAAGAUAACACUUUAUGUCAACUACAACGCUUUUUGA